UGAAAUGACAAAAAGUUGAUUUAUUUCUCAGAGGCUGCAGCUCAGCACAUCCAGCCAAAUUUGCAUGUCUCCGUGCGUAAGCGCAUGUUUCUGUGGGUGAGGACACAUAUGGUGAUGAGACUGAGCACAUGUGUGAUUGUAAUCUCUGAAGAGGAGGUGUGGUUGCCUCCUCCUUCUUUUGGAUCUCAGAACUGAAUAUUCAACAGCGUUUUGCCUCAAGCUUUUCAUCGAACGUCAGUUUUGUCUGUGAAACGUCCUCGGGUUGUUCGAUUUUAAUACUUUACCUGGCAUUGGUCUUCUGACAUCUCUCUAAAAUGAGUUUCAGAAGUGAUAUGGAUGAGACAGAAGAUGGGAGCAACAGAGAGUUUGAGAGCGUGGAGAUGAAUAAGCUGCGUCAGAGCCUGCGCAGGAAGAAGCCCACGUACGUGCCGGAGGCCAGCCGGCCGCACCAAUGGCAGGCGGACGAAGAGGCUGUACGAAAGGGCAAAUGCAACUUUCCUGUCCGGUACCUUGGUCUGGUGGAGGUAGAGGAAUCCAGAGGGAUGCAUGUGUGCGAAGAAGCAGUUAAAAAACUGAAAGUGAGUGGGAAAAAAACUGUCAAGGCUGUGCUUUGGGUGUCUGCUGAUGGCCUGAGAGUAGUGGACGACAAAACCAAGGACCUCAUUGUUGACCAGACCAUUGAGAAGGUGUCCUUCUGCGCACCUGACCGUAAUUACGACAAGGCAUUCUCCUACAUCUGUCGUGAUGGAACGACUCGUCGCUGGAUCUGCCACUGCUUCAUGGCCUUGAAGGACUCGGGUGAACGUUUGAGUCAUGCGGUUGGAUGUGCCUUCGCUGCUUGCCUUGAGCGGAAGCAACGCAGAGAGAAGGAGUGUGGGGUCACAGCUUCCUUCGAUGCAAGCCGCACAUCGUUUGUGAGAGAAGGCUCCUUCCGCGUCUCCUCAGCUGGACAGCAGAGUGACCGAGAGGACAUCAUGAAACAACUGCAAGACAAAAAGAAAGAAGUGUGUGGAAUUUCUGCAGUGCCACCUGGAAAUGCAUCUCCUCCAGAAGGAUCGGCGUCACCGGGGGAGCGAGCGGAGCCGGGCGGGCCUCACGCCAUCCCACGCCGCCACGCUCCUAUUGAGCAGUUGGUGCGGCAGGGCUCUUUCCGCGGCUUUCCACAACUAAGCCAGAAGAACUCACCUUUCAAACGGCAGCUCUCCCUACGCUUGAAUGAUCUCCCAUCAACCCUGCAGCGCAAGACAGAUUUCCAGACCAAGAACCCAGUUCCAGAGAUGGAUCUAUCAGUGGCAGGAGAGGUGGACAGCAUAAAUGCUCUGUGCAGCCAAAUCAACAGCUCUUUCACCAAACCAUCUGAGGAUCUGUGUGCCAAAGUCACCAGCAACUGUUUACCAGUUUGCAGCGCUCCACCUGCCAUUCCCCCUCCACCUGCUCCACCGCAAGCUACAAGCUCAUGGGUUCAGACAGAGCCGGCUGUCCAAUCUCCUCCACCCGUUCCUCUUGGCGGCCACAAACGAACCCCGUCCGAGGCAGAACGCUGGUUGGAGGAAGUGGCUAAAGCAGUGAAAGCCCAGCAGCAGACUCCACCGACCAUUCCACCACCACCUACUCAGCAACCUCCGCCGGUGCCCCCCAUAUCCAUCGCAUCCGGUUCCCUCCCCUCCUCCAUGCAGUCAUUCCCAAUGGCCUUUGAUGUUACCCCCGCACCCUUAGGCAUGUUUGCCCAACAGCCCCUUCAACCGACGUUUGUACCUAUGCAGUCGUACAUGCCCAAUCUGGCCAACAGCAUGACCUAUCCCAAUGCCAGUGUGCCUGUUGUUGGCAUCACACCAUCACAGAUGGUGGCUAAUGUAUUCUGCUCUGCGGCCGGGACAGGGGGUGGUGGAGUGGCGAUGGGGGUCGGGAUGGGGCCGAAGACGGGUACGCUUGGUGGUGGCCAACAAUCAGCUUCCCCCGCCCUGUCCGGGGGUUUCCCAACCACCACGUUCGCAUCUCCUCCGACCGUCAACGGCCAUCUGCAUAACUCCUUUCCAUCAACGACUACGAGUGUCAUACAAAAUGGAAGUACCGUAAAAAGCGGCACUAGUUGGCCGAUGGAGAGUUUGAAUCUGAAUACCACAUGCAAUUCACAGGAAGCAGAGCAUUUUGAGGCAAAGUGGGCUGCUCUGGAGUCCAAAUCCCAACCGAAGGCGCCAAACCCUUUUUCGAAUGACUUACAAAAGACUUUUGAGAUUGAACUAUAAUCGUUAGGAGACUCUGAACCAUUUCAUACCCCAUUCCCCUUCCCCUUUUUUGUCUCCUAAAGGGUUUUCUUAUGCUCAAGGACAUUGGUUGAUGUAAGAGAUCAUUCGGUUGCAUUUUGCGUCAUUUCGAGAAUCAGACUCAAGA